AUGCUGACCCUGCGGCAAUGCCAGGGCCUCAUCUAUGAUGAUAUCAAGACAGUGUGCCGCGAGCCAGACGAGAGCCUAAGUGGCCAAUGCAGCGAUUGCUUCAAGUUCUUCUUCGGAGGAACCAUCGGUUUCACGGGCACCACCAGCCCCAAGUACUAUGACCGGCCUUCCGUACCCGUGGAGGAGUGUGUGGGCGAUACAAUGCAAUUACACGAGGAGGCCAUAUCUGUCGAAGACAAGUACCGGCCGGAUUUAUCGAUUUGGUGUAUGAAGGAGGGUUUAUAUCAAGGAAAUUGA